AGUUCUUGUUAUUUCCUCUCUGAUAUAUGUUUACUUUAAUAUCGCUUAUUCAGUCGCUUGAUAUAUCGUCGGAAUAAAAUUUUAGUAAUGUGAAAGUAAUUGUGAGUAGAUUAAUAAAGUAUAGUAGGAUAUUAGAUUCAUGUACAUAGUUUCAAGUGAUAUCAAUCUUUAUGUCUAAUAUAUACAUGUGUAUUGAUCUAUAAGUCAGUGUUAAAAUAACAAACAAAUGGCAGAAGAGGGAAAGAAGAUUUCUUUCGGUUUUGCGAAAUCUAUUAGGAAACCUGUGUUAAAAAAUGUUAUUCCACAAAAAGAAAAGAAAGUUGAUUACAUUGAAUGUCUUGAUGAAAAAGGUAUUAAAGUAAUAGGUGAGGAAGAAAAAAAAGAUGAACCUCUAAUUAUUCCAUUGCUAGGUUCAAAAACCUGGCACGAUAGAAUUGUUAAUAAAAUAGAUGCAGAUAUUUUCCUUCCAAAGGCAGAUAAGGAAAAGGUAGAAGACACUAGUGUUAACGAGUCAAAGCUAUCUAAUGGAAAAACAUCGCCAAUAAUAUCAAUAAAGAAAGAGCCAGUUGAAGAUAGUGAAAAUAAAGUUGUUACUUUAGAAGAGCAAGCGGCUAAAGAAAUCAUUGAGGAACUUAAGUCAAAGAAUGAACAUGAAACUAAAACAAAUGAUUUAACUUUACCUUUAGUAGAAGAUGAAUCAUUAAGAGGCAAAGAACAGUCUACGUUAGAAGAUUAUGAAAAGAUUCCUAUUGAUGCUUUUGGUGUAGCAAUGUUACGGGGAAUGGGAUGGCAACCAGGAAAGGGAAUUGGUAGAAAUGAAAAAUUAGUAGCAGCUGUCAUACCAGAAUUACGACCAAAAGGUAUGGGUCUUGGCGCAGACAAAGUAGCAUUGCAGAAGAAAAAUACAGAUUCCAAAAAAGAAGAGGAAGAACUUAAAAUCGAGAAAGGAACAUUUGUGAAAAUUAUAGCUGGAAAACAAAGUAAUAAUUAUGGUCAAAUAGAAGGAUUCGAUGAUGAUGCAGGAAGGCUCAUAAUAAAACUAGCUCUUGGUGGAAAUAUAAUAUCUGUAAAUGAAUUUAUGGUACAGCCAGUGACUAAAUCAGAAUAUUCAAAGAACUCAAAAGUUCUAAAUACAAAAAAGUAUGAGGAAUAUAAGGACAAGGAAUCCAAGGGACUCAAGCAAAAGACGGAUAGAAAAAGAUCAAUGUCCCCUAAACCCGAAGACAGUGAAGAUGGUGACAAGAGUAGUAAUAAACGAAAGAAAAUCAGAAGUACGAUGCAUAAUAAGGACAAGUAUGAUAAAAUGGGGGAUAAAAAAUCAGAAAAACGAAAAAGGCGCUCCGAAUCUAAUGACGACAGCGAUAGUGAUUCUGAAAAGAAGAGACGGAGAGAAAGAAGUAAUUCUAAUAGUAAUGAUUCUUAUAAAUCAAAAAGAUUGAAGAAGUCAAAGAAACAUAAAAAACACGAUUGCUCAUCUGAAAGAUCAAGUAAAAAACCAAAAGACGAGAAAGAUCAAGAUCUCGAUCAUUUAGUAGGCAGUAAUAUUUUCCAGGAACGUAUUCGGUCAUUUUACUUUCAAGAUAAAUUGUACAAUUUUAUUUAUACACAUUUUAUAAUAAAAUGUAUUUUUACAAAAGUAUAUUUCUUUUCUUACCCUUAACUGGAAAUUACAUUUGAUUAUAAUAUGUAAUAAUGUUUACAAUUACAUCAAAAUUAAUGUCCUAAACUUUACCAAGAAUUAUUAAAAA